UAUGAAACAUCUUGUAUUGUGUGUUUUGCAUGCAUGUUGUUUUAAGGUUUAUACAACACUAAAACUUGAGUUUCAGAAGAUGGACAUGAAGGAGGGAUUAGUGGUGAGAGGGAGGGUGGAAAUUGAUACACGAAAACCAUUCAAUUCAGUAAAAGAGGCUGUUUCUUUGUUUGGAGAAAAGGUUUUAGUCGGCGAGGUUUACGCCCACAAACUCAAAGAGAUGGAAAGUGUAGAAAGGGAAAACAACCAACAACGAACAAAAGUCGGACUCGGAGAAGUAAAACAAACCUUAGAAAAGGCAAAAGACGAGGCAAAUUUAAUGACUUGUUAUCUUACAUCGCUUAAACAACAACUUGAAGAGACAAAAUCAGAACUCGACCAACUAAAGUCAACAAGAGGAUCCAAUCCAAAUUAUCAAACACCCAUUAACCUUGAAACAGAAGAAAUCAAAUUCAUGGAAAACCCAAUACCAACUCCUAUGAAACCACUAACAAAUGUCAAAAACGAACCACAUGAUGAUCAACAUUUGUUUGAAUCCAAACAAAACAAUUUGGUUAAGUUUGAUGAUUCUCCACCAACCAAAGUGAUUGUUGAAGUGCCAAAAAUGCAAGAGAUAAAUCCUUCCUCCUUCAAGACCAAGAAAGCAAAAAAGAAAACCCUAAUUCCAUUACUUAGUGGGAUUUUCUCCAAAAGAGGGUGAUCAAGAAGAAAGUUGUCAAAUUAAGAUUUUCCACCCAAGUUUGUUACUUCAACUUGAAAUAUCGAUUUGGUUUGGUUUGUUUUCUAUCAUAUGUAUGUCUCGUAUAAAAAAUGUUGGGAUUUACAAAACAAAAUCGAAAAUGAGACGAAUCAAACCAAUCAACCAGAAUGUUUUCUUUCAUUCUCUUUGAGUUCUAUGUCAAUUCCCAUUUUGUAAUGUAUUGGAAAUUUAUGAAAAUUAAUAUAAUACCAUUGCUAGAAAUUUUACAUGCA